AUGAAUUACCCAACGCCGAAUAUGUAUCAUUCCCCGCAGUUCCAGUCGCCCAACAACUUCGCAAGUAAUGUAGUAUAUUUCCCGGCACCAGGAGCACCUCAUUUGAUGCCUGUGUACGCCAUGCCCGCGCUGAAUAACCAACAAUAUGCGAACUAUCACAUUGGAAAUAACAACAGUGGUUCUAACAGCAGUCAUAACAGAGGCGAAAAGCGCACUUUGAAGAACACUAGUCCCUUGAGACGCUCGUUGGCAAUGAAUAACAAUGGCGCUAGUGGUAGAGCUGGGCCCUCGAUAAGAACCCCUCAAUCAUCUAGCCAGGGCCCGGCCAAGGGUCCAGAAUGCACAGAAGUCAACUCCAUAAAUGAUAUCAAGUCUGCGCAAAGGCAGGAGGGUGAUCCGGAGGCUAGGUAUACAAAGAUGUUCGAGCAGGAGGAAGGAUCGCGUUCUAAGGGCUUUGUUGGGGCAACAGCCCCCACACAAGUGUACAAGGUAGCAACACUUCCCUUCAAACAUCCAGGUUCGGAAAGCGACGUUUUCAUGAAAACUCUGAUAGAUACACAGCGGCCUGCGUACCACGAAAAACAACCAUUGGGCCCCACGGAUGAUCCCAAAUACCAAGUGCAGGCACUGGCAGAUCUCCCGGGUGCUGUUGAGCGUUUUACAAGCGAGGAGCGCAUCUCCAAGCGGGACCGUACCGUUAAAACGUCCACAAAAGACUCCAAAGCAAACCCCUUGGUUCGUGUGGCGUUUCAGGAGCCCAAUGACGCGAACGACAGUGUUGACUUGAGCUUUGACGGCAAAGCCAUGAACAGAAGCGAUGUAUUUAAAAUUGUCGAUUCUUUUUGCCAAGUUCCGGAGGGCAACUCGGACGAUGACGAAGAGGAAAAUGAGAGCGAGGAGAAAUCUUCAGGGUUUGCUAAUGUCUCGAUUUUACCACCAGAAAUGACUUUCCGUUGA